UACCGACCAUUCCUCGAUCUCUCUCACUCUAUCUCUCUGCGCGUGCCGCGAAAUUAGGGUUUGGUAGAGAGGUUGAAUUCCACCUUCAAUGGCUGCCAAACCCUAGUUCUGCGCUUCAUGGAGAUGGAGGAGCUCGUCCUCGAGGCUGAGGCUGCAUUCCCUGCCGACUACUCCAUUGCUAUAGAGUACCAGGGGCCGCCAAUCCCCUUUGAGAUCCCUUGCGCCAUUCCCAUAGAGAUUGAGCGCAUCCCCAUUGCCUCGGUUGCUGCUCCCUCUUCCCUUCCGCCGAACCUCCACCUCCCUGUAAUCCAGCCUCUCGCCUCACCGAAGAAACCUGAUGGAACCCUCGCCCCUGAUCCCAUCGUGGUCUCCCCAACCUCCGUCAUGGAGAACCGUUCCGCCAUCGAUGGGGAGACCUCCGGGGAGAUCCCAGAUGUGACGCUGGAGCCAUCCGUUGGUGGCGUUGAUAGUUCGGGUCCUGUGGAGUUCUCGAAUGACACAGCGCUGAAUGAGUCGGGGCUCAGCUCCGAUUUUGAAUCAUCGGAAUUCUCGGAUGAAGAUGAGGAUGAGGCUUUACCUCACCAGAAGCGUGCGACGAAUGUGACCUUCGAGCCUAGUGGAUCCGCGUCUCCGGCAAAGGACAGCACUCGCCAAGAGUCUGAACAGAAGAUAAAGAAGGGAUCUUGCUACAGAUGCUUGAAAGGAAGUCGGUUCUUGGAGAAAGAGUCUUGCUUGGUGUGUGAUGCUAAGUAUUGCAGUGCUUGUGUGCUUAGAGCGAUGGGAUCGAUGCCCGAAGGGAGGAAGUGCAUAUCUUGUAUUGGGUCUCAAAUAGAAGAGUCCAAGAGGGAGAGGCUGGGAAAGUGCUCUCGGAUGCUGAAGAAAUUGCUGAGUGCUUUAGAAGUUGAGCAGAUAAUGAAAGCUGAGAGAUUCUGUGAGACAAACCAGCUGCAGCCUGAGGAUGUCUGUGUAAAUGGUAGGCGACUUACCAUGGACGAGAUGGUCACAUUGCAGAGCUGUCCGUGCCCACCGACUAAGUUGAGACCAGGAUUAUAUUGGUAUGAUAAGGUCUCAGGAUUUUGGGGGAAGGAAGGACACAAGCCUCACAAUAUCAUUAGUCCACAUUUGAAUGUCGGGGGAGGAACCCUCAUGAGAAAUGCAAGCAAUGGAAACACUAAUAUUUUGAUAAAUGGUCGUGAGAUAACAAAUGUGGAGCGGCAAAUGCUUAAGUGGGCAGGGGUUCAAAUUGCUGGGAAUCCUCACUUUUGGGUGAAUGCUGAUGGAACAUAUCUGGAGGAGGGCCAAAAGAAUAUUAAAGGGCGAAUUUGGGGCAAGCCUGGAAUGAAGCUGAUCUGCUCUUUUCUAUCAUUACCAAUUCCCAGUAAACCAAUUGAUUCUUCUGGUAGAGAUGCAAAUAAGAUGUUUGAUAGACCUGUACCAGACUAUCUUGAACAAAGAGCUCUGCAAAAGCUUCUUUUGGUUGGAUACCAUGGAUCGGGAACAAGUACUAUAUUUAAACAGGCCAAGUUUUUGUAUAGAACUGAUCCUUUUUCUGAGGAUGAGCGGGAGAGUAUCAAGAUAAUGAUUCAGAGCAACAUUUACCGUUAUCUUGGAAUACUGCUUGAGGGUCGUAAACGAUUUGAAGAGGAGAGUCUGGCAGAGAGAAGGGAAAGGCAGUCAACUUGUUCAAGUACAGGCAUUCAUGAGUCAGUCAAGUUUGAUAAUGUGACUGAAUACUCCUUAGGUGUUCGGCUGACAUCAUUUUCUGAUUGGCUGCUCAACGAAAUGGCAUCUGGUAAACUUGAAGCAGUUUUUCCAGCUGCCACCCGUGAAUAUGCACCUGUGGUUGAGGAAUUGUGGAAUGAUGGUGCUAUUCAGGCCACAUAUAGAAGAAGAAAUGAACUGGAAUUGUUUCCCAGUGUGGCAAACUAUUUCUUAGAGCGGAUUGUUGACAUAUCUAGACAGGAAUAUGAACCUUCUGAUUUGGAUAUUCUCUAUGCUGAUGGUAUCACAUCUUCCAAUGGAUUAGCUAGCACAGAUUUCAUUUUCCCUCCAUCGGCUUGUGAUGUUGAUGGUGCUGAUCAGGAAGAGGCACGACUAAGGUAUCAGCUUAUCAGAGUGCACACAAAAAAUUUAGGAGAGAACUGCAAGUGGUUAGACAUGUUUGAGGAUGUUCGACUGGUCAUCUUCUGUGUUGCAGCGAGUGACUAUGAUGAAUUCUAUGAGGAUUCAAGUGGAGCAAUCCUGAACAAGAUGAUGGAGAGCAAGAGGCUAUUCGAGAGCAUUGUGACACAUCCAACAUUUGAUCAGAUGGAGUUUCUCUUGGUUCUAAACAAAUUUGAUCUGCUUGAGCAGAAGAUAGACACAACAUCCUUGACUGUAUGUGAUUGGUUUGCCGACUUCAACCCGGUUUUAAGUCGUCACCAUCCCAACCAUAGCCGCAACCAGAACCAUGGGGCUACAAAAGCUCAGAUGGCCUUCCACUACAUAGCCGUCAUGUUCAAGCGGCUUUUUGCUUGCCUUACAGCGAGGAAGCUUUACGUUGUUUCGGCCAAUGGUCUCGACUCUGAUUCAAUUGACGCCACAUUGAAAUAUGCAAGAGAGAUUCUGAAGUGGGAAGAAGAGAAGCCCGAGUUAAUUGAGUACUCUGUUAAUUCUGUCUAUAGCACUGAUCCGAGCUCCUAUUCUCCAUGAUGAUGUACGAAAAACACAGCUGUAUAUAUCCGUGCUUGUAUUUUUUCCCCCCGUAUUUUUUACCCCCCUGUUUUUCACAGUUAUAGUGUGUGGUUCACAGUUCCUGUAUGUUGUUAAUUUAAAUAUUUGAAAAGAAACAUGUUGUGGUUUCUGCA